AUGUUCUCCUCGCUGAAGAGCUUCACUUCUCACAUCAACUCCAACUAUUCCAUUUCGCAAACCAUAACCUCCACAGCCGGCCCGUGGAAGAUAUACGAUGCGAAGAAGAAAUCUACAGGCAAGACGUAUUCCGUCUUUGUCUUCGAGAGGAAGUCGCUAGAGUCUCAUGGAGGCUCGCUCGGCCGGUCGGGUGCGGCCGCCUUUAAGCGCUCCGUAGACGAGGUGGUGGAGCGCCUAAAGAAAGAAGCUUCGUCGCUUGCUAGACUACGCCAUCCAAGUGUCCUGGAAUUAGUCGAGCCCGUAGAAGAAACUAGAGGUGGUCUUCAGUUCGUUACCGAGCCGGUAACCACGUCAUUAGCAAGCCUCUUACAAGAGAAAGAUGAUCAGGAGAAAGUGGGCGGCGUCGGGGGCCGGUCGAGCCGAUAUGUCACUGAAGACUCGGGCGGCACAAGACGGAGGCGGGAUCUAGAAAUCGACGAGCUUGAGAUACAGAAGGGGUUGCUUCAAAUCAGCAAGGCUUUAGAGUUCCUGCACGAGAAUGCAGGACUUGUUCAUGCCAAUCUCACCCCGGAUGCUGUGCUAAUCAAUUCUAAGUCCGAUUGGAAAGUCAGUGGGCUUGCUUUCUGUAGCCCACCGGAGGGCUCAUCAAAGCCUACUUCAGUUCAGCCCAUCAGCCUCUCGGAGACUCUCAACUUAGAUCCUAGGCUACCACGGCACGUUCAGAUCAAUCUUGAUUAUACUUCGCCUGAUUUUGUCCUCGAUAAUAAUCUCACCACAUCAGCUGACAUGUUCUCAUUGGGGCUUCUAUGUGUCGCAUUAUACAAUUCACCUCAUCGAUCUCCCAUAGAAAGUAAUGGGAGUAUAUCUGCAUAUAAGAGAUUGUUCACAUCGUCUUCGACGGUUCCGUCAUCCGGUAAUGGCUUCCUGUCUAAAAGACCGUUACCAAGGGACCUUUCGGCCCACGUACUACCCCGAUUGAUUACACGGCGUCCCGCACAGCGCAUGACAGCACGAGAAUUUCAAGAGAGCGAAUAUUUUGACAACAUCCUCGUUUCCACGGUUCGAUUCCUCGAUGAUUUCCCGGCUAAAACUCCAAAUGAGAAGGCUCAAUUCAUGAGAGGUCUCAAUAAAGUUCUGCCAUCCUUCCCCAAGUCGGUUAUGGAGAAGAAAGUACUACCAGCACUGUUAGAAGAACUGAAAGAUAAGGACUUGUUGUCUCUCAUCCUUCAGAAUGUCUUCAAGAUUAUGGAUCUGUUGCCAUCGUCGAGGCGAGCGUUCUCGGAGAAGAUACGGCCAAGGAUUAAAGAGAUAUUCGUUGUCAACGCUAAACAGUUACAAGAGAAGGAUCCAACUAGGGACGCUGGAUUGAUGGUUGUUUUGGAAAAUCUUAACCAGAUUGCUGGGAACUCUUCUGGUAAAGAGUUUAAAGACGAUGUCCUGCCGAUUGUUUUAGUAGCUAUCGAGUCCCCGACGCCUUCACUCGUCGAUGCUGCUCUACGUGGUCUCCCGGUCAUAUUACCGGUUUUAGACUUUAGUACUAUUAAGAAUGAGUUGUUCCCUAUCGUCGCUGCUGUCUUCAGCAAAACCAGCAGCUUGGCCAUCAAGGUCCGUGGAUGUCGAGCUUUCGUCAUUCUUUGCGGCGGCACCAACGAAUCAUCGUCAGCGGACGAUGGACUUGACGGGAUAAGCCCCGAGAAGAAAAAGACGUCUUCAUCCAGUGCUCUAGACAAGUACACAAUGCAAGAAAAGAUCAUUCCGCUCAUCAAAGCCAUUAAAACCAAAGAGCCUGCAGUUAUGAUGGCUGCGCUAGAUGUACUACGAGUUGUGGGCGACAACGCGGAUGCCGAUUUCGUAGCCAUGGACAUCUUACCCAUCUUGUGGAGCAUGAGCUUAGGGCCUUUGUUAAACCUCAAGCAAUUUCGGUCUUUCAUGGACUUGAUCAAGUCGCUUUCGAGAAAAGUUGAAGAAGAGCAAAUGAAGAAGUUACAGGAGCUUUCCGUCGUGAACGGAGGAAGGGCAGUGACUCCUACCGAUGAUUUCAUAGGAUUUGGGGGUGUUAGUGGAAUAACGUUUGAUUCAACGAACGGGGCCACGGAAGAUGAUUUCGAGCGGCUAGUGAAAGGAAAAUCUGGACCGAGCACGAGUACGAAUGACACGAUGGAUGCAGGUUGGGACGCGACCCCAGCGGCAGCAACGGUUAUCUCACCACCGAUCAAAUCACCGCAAUUUUCUUGGUCGACACCAAGUCCUACCUCUAGUGUUGGUACCGGACCCGGUCACUUCGGACCUCCCAAAUCCCAACCUUCUUUCCGAACAGUUACACCGGAUCUUAAUUCAUUUGGCACUCUAACCCCUUCAUCUACCCAAUAUUCUCAGCCUUUGCAGCCUUCUAUGGGCAAUGCAACCAAGACCACGUCAACUAUACCCCAGAACCCUCCCACUACAUUCAACUGGUCCACCUCGACAACAGCGACAGCUAAUCCUUGGGCUUCAAACUCAUCUAAUCCCAUAUCUCCGUCUGCUUCGUCUUUCGGCAAUGUAACCACGGGGAUAUCAAAUUUGAACCUUGGUCAACCAAGGCCGACUACGAGCCAAUCAUCUUCAUUCUCUCUUCCUCCGCCGCCGUCUAGUGGAGGCAGUACGCCCUCAGGUUUCAGCUUACCUCCGCCACCAGGAGGUCCUCAGAGGCAGAGCUCGACACUAUCAUCAUUCGCCCAACCGUCUAGUGGUCUCGGAAGCUUAUCUCAUCAACCAGCAGGAAACAUGAACAGUAUGAUGAACUCGGGGUUAGGAGGAAUGAACAGAAGUACGAACAGCAUGAGCAGCAUGAUGGGUACCAUGAAACCUAUGGCACCAAGCCAAUCUACCCCGCAGCCACAACAGCAGCAGCAGCAACCCCAAGGGUCAGGCUUGGAUAAGUAUGAGAGUUUAAUAUAG